AUGAACAUAGUUGAAGAUAAAUUUUAUGACGGCCGGGUUACUGUGGGCCAAAGUGUUGGAGCCCUCGCCGCUCAGGCCCUGGCCGAGCCACUUAUGCAAAUGACACUAAAUGCGGCCCACAGAGCUUCCGUGGCUUCCGAUUAUGACACUAUCCCACGACUCAAAGAACUAUUAAAUGGCACAGCAAAGGAUCUUAAUUUCGAAUAUAGUCUCAGGGGACUUCCAUACACCCGCAGAUAUAUCAUCCAAGAAAUAAGCAGCAUUUACGAAAAUGCCGGUGAAACGAUAGAUCGCCGCCAUAUCCAAUUAGUAGCCGACUACAUGCUCAAAGAUGGUCACCUCAAGGGCUUUAACCGUAACCAAUUAAAUAACAGCCAAAGUUUUCUCAAGUCAGCAGCGUUUGAACAACCGCUUAAGGUGCUGGAAGUGGCCAGAUCCCAAAACAAAAUUGAUAGACUGCGGGGUUUUCUGAGCAGUCUAUCUCCAUACACAGUAUUCACAGACUAUGUGGACCAAGGAUUACCAUUGGAUGAGUUGUAUACACUACUUGAUGACAUCACAGCAGUUGGUGAUGAUGUGACAUCAGGUGGUGAUGACGUCACAGCAUUUAAUGAUGACAUCAUAGCAGUUGAAAAAAAGAAAGACGAGGACCCAGGAUUGCCUUGUGAAGAGGAGGUAAUACAACCCGAGAACAAAAACGGGAGUGGCGACGAAGCCUCUCCAGACAUGCACCGCUCUCACAGGUCAGACGGUGAGGAGGAAGUGGCUGAGCCCAAGGAGAAGAAAGAAGUCAAUGAAGCAGGCAUAAUAGAUUUGGACAAAUUUGAAGAAAAUCAGAACAAAAAUCCGAAAGAGAGUGUACCAGAAUAG